UCCUCGUCCAAUUCGAUUGUCGUCUGAUCGCGCAAUGGCAGAAAGGAAAGAUCCAAUCGACAAUCUAAGUUACGUUGCCGACGAGGCUAAGAAGGUGGUUGAGCCGGACGUUGAGUCUGCUACCAAUUCUUCGCUUGAAAACAUCCAGCAUGAUCCAGCCCUGGAAAAGCGCUUGUUACGCAAGCUUGACAUUUGGCUUGUCGGAUUUUACUCCCUCGUAUAUAUCUUCCGAGUGAUCGACUCCGCAAACUAUUCCAAUGCAGCGAUCAUCAAUCUCGAGCAAGGAACUGGUAUCAAGAAGCAGCUAGGGUUCUCGCCAUCGCAAUGGGCAUGGACACUAUCGAUCUUCUCGUACUCGUACCUCAUAUUUGAGCCAUCAAACACCAUUCUACUAAAGUUCUUUAAGCCGAGUCGAUGGAUGUUUGUCCUGAUUUUGGCUUGGGGAAUCAGUGCAUGCUGCAGUGCUGCAGCACAAAACUUUGCCGGAAUGAUGUGCGUACGAUUCGCGAUCGGGAUGGCCGAAGCAGGGUUCUUUCCCAGCGUUUUGUACCACUACGCUUUUUGGUACAAACCGUCAGAAAUGCCGCAGCGCAUUGCCUUUUUCUACUCAGUCGGCCAGGUGUCUUCUGCGCUUAGCGGACUGCUCGCGUUUGCUAUUUCCCACAUGGAUCAGCUUGGUGGGCUGAGUGGAUGGAGGUGGCUGUUUUUGCUUGAGGGCGUGCCGGCGAUUCUACUUGCAUUUGUAGCAUUUUGGAUCCCGGACUAUCCAGAAUCGACUAGGUAUCUGACCGAUGACGAGCGCGCUUUCUGGAAGAACAGGUUGACCGCGAGUGCACCUAAGGGCGGGAAAAAGCAUGAGAAUUGGGACUGGAGGUCGCUGAAAGCGCUUAGUAAAGAUCCGACCUUCUACACGUUCAGCUUGUACUGGAUCUGCCAUGGUAUCGGCGGAUUUGGCGUGGGGUUCGCUCUGCCCACUGUGAUAUACCAAUUAGGCUUUACGACGACUGCAAAGUCGCAGCUGAUGAAUAUUCCGCCCUAUAUAUUUGCGUUCUUGCUCCUCAACACUUUGGGCUACAUGCUGCAGCGCAAAUGGAUCAGACAAUGGACCACUGCCAUUGGGAUUGAGUCGACUAUCAUCAUCUGCUACAUCAUCCUACUCACAGUCGACAACCCCGUGGUCAGAUAUCUCUGCCUGAUUGUCGCCGUUGGCUGCGCAGGCUGCGCAUACCCUGUCAUCUGGUCUGAGCGGAUUCGCGCUCUGAAUGGAACGGUUGCGUCAGGUAUAGGCAUCGGCAUAACGAAUGCUUGUGCUCAGUUCUCAGGUAUCGUGGGUCCGCAUGUGUUCAGCACAGUCUUUGGCCCGCGAUAUCGUACCUCAUACGCCGUGAAUCUGUCUGUGCUGCUUGUUGGUAUUAGUUCGAUAAGUAAAACUUGGUUCAUCAUUGCGAGGAGAGACAAGAGGAAAGCGGCAGGUCUCAAAGCGUAG